CGCCGCCGCUGCCGUGGCGUGCCUGCAAAUUUAUUAACAUGGAGUCCUGCGCCUGGCACUUGCAAGGGAGCAAUGCAAAACAUCUCCCAAGCUGCCUCGAGUGACAGUAAAAGAACAGAUCGGUGCGAGAAAGCAGCCGGGGGCUUGUAGCGAGCAUCGUCUCAGGGGCGUCAAGCUUCUUGCUCGGUCUUCAACUAUGACGAGCACCGCUUAGACUGCGACUUCUUCCCCUGGAUCCGCAAACCAGGCCGAUAUCCAAGACAAGCCGUGCACAAGAUGUAGGCGGGCUGGUCACCUGUGGGAGUCCAUACUGUUUUCUGGGGGAGUUAUAAUGGAGCCAGAAGGGCAACCCUUGACCCCAGGGAUCAGCUAUGCGCCCCCAUCUUUAAACUCUGCACAAAACCAUGUCCUUAACUGCACCGUCCAGCAGUCCUCAUGUUCUUCCGAUUUGAGCGAUGCCCUGACGUCUGCUAAAGACUCACAAGGUCAUGAUGAAGAUGAGGGUCCAGAUCAGACCGAGAUUUGUGAGCACAGUGCGGACCCAGCAAGGAGCGCACAGAGGAGAUUUAGGUCCUCAGCCUUUCCUUCCUCCCUAAGCUGGGACUCUGACUCGGAGAAAGAAACACUCGAAGAAGCGGAGCUGCAGAAUUUUUCUAACCCUCAUGGUCUGGCUGCUCACAGCCCAGGAUCUCCUUCCUGUGGACGCAGAGUUGAUUGUGAAGAUGACAAAGAACCUGAAACAAAGCCGCGCUUGGAGCAUGAGGCUGAUCAGUCUGGGGAGAUGUGCAAUGAGAGUAAAGAAAGCACAAAAAGAGAAGAACCAAAUACAUCUCACCUUGGCCCAAUAGAAUUAGAAACUAGCCAUGACUGUAACAGAUCUGUGGGAGCCGAGGUGGUCCUCUUCAAACUGAAACCAAAUGAUGCUUGCCAGAUGGAGGAGGACGCAGACAAAAUAAAGGGAGAGAAAAGCCUAGAGGGAAAUGAUAUCAAGGAGCGUGAUAGAGAUGUGUACGCCUUCCCAGGAGACUCUGACCCCGAGACUCCUCUUCUUGCCCCGCGGACUAACUGUGCACUCUUCCAGCGAUGCAGGAAAAAGAGAGUCCUACUCGGGCCUUUUUCUGGAGCCUUAAUACACACAUCUCCUGAGGCCAGUACGCAAUCAAGUGGGUGUCCUCAAAGAUCAAUAUCUGCUGAAUUAUCAUCUCCAAGUCAGAGUAGAGGCACUUACCAUUUUGAUGACUUUGGGACAGAAUUGGUAGACGUUGCAAACAUAAUCAGAGAUGGAGACGAAAAAGUACAUGAGCACAAAGAUUGCGGUUUGGAGCAUGGUACAGAUAUUUUCACAUGUGUGGAAUGUAGCAUAUACUUCAAAAAACAGGUGCACUUAAAGGAGCACAUGAUCGAGCACUGUCAAACAGGUGAAAAAGGUUCAGAACAUUUUCAAUGCACUGAAUGCGGAUGGGAUCUGCCUGAUUCUGUUGUACUAGCCGACCACCAAAAAAGGCACCAGGAAUCUCGUAUUAAGAUCCUGGCAGAAAUUGAGAAGCUGAAUGAAAAUGAGAGGGCUAAAGAUAGACCGGACACUAAGGCGGCAAAGCACGACAGCCCGCAAAAUAUGAGUCCGGUUCCUACACCAGGCAAGGUGUCAGACACUUUUUCACCUUUAUACCAGGCUCCAAUGUCAAUAUUGAGUGGAGAGCAGGUGUCUCUUGAAUCAAACGCAUCUCAAAGUCCUCCAGGUUCUUUUGGACCCAAAUUCCAGUCCCGUGCUGUUUUGUACCGUCGCCGUUUUAUCUGCUCCCAAUGUAACUUCAGCACAAAAACCUCCCAGGCGCUGGCUAAUCACACCAAGACACACAUGAGAAAAAAAGCAACCUCAGCCUUUAAGCCCAGCACCUCCUCUGCUGAUCCCCCAACACGUUCAUCUCCUCUUGGCUCAUGUCAAAUCAUAAAAACAAAACAGAGGAAACAAGCUCACUCUGCACUUGAUUCCAUCUGCAGGGCACAGGUUGAUUCUGAGUCCAGUUUUUCAACUUCUGAUCGUGCUUCAAAGUCCAUCCUUGUCUCAAAUUCUGCAUCGCUGCCCGACUCUUGUCAAACCAAAGGCUGUCAAGUAAUUGGCACCUUUGAGAAUGAUUUGGCAACCCAGGCAGUAUUAGGGUGUAAUAAGAACAGAAGAUUCAGUAGGAGAGUGAAGUGUGGGUCCACACCAAAUGAAGAGGAGCUUCCAGGGAGGCAAGAGGACCUGAAAGAAAGCACAGAAAUUGACCCUGAAAACGUGGGUGUAAAAAGGUGCCCCAGAGCUAGAUCUGAUCCAGCUGAGCAUUCAGAGCAGCCGAGUACUACAUUAUCUCCGCAGAAAAGGAAUAGUUUAGAGGAGGAAGACGAGCAAGAAGAAGACAUAAGGGAAAAGGCCGUUGCUUUACGAAGCAACCAGAUUGCUGCAGCUCUUGCAGAAAUUAGGAGUGAUGAUGGUGACGAUGACGACAUCAGUGAUGAGCGCGUACAACAUUUCCUGUCUGAGGACAUCUUAGAUGAAGUCAAAGAUGAGUUUGAUGAGGCGUCGGAGGCUCUAAAGAGUGUGGAGAGGAAAUGUCCCUACUGCCCUGAUCGAUUCCAUAAUGGCAUUGGCCUCGCCAACCAUGUGAGGGGCCACCUGAACCGGGUGGGCGUCAGCUACAAUGUGCGCCAUUUCAUAUCUCCAGAGGAGGUCAAUGCUAUUGAAAAACGCUUUUCCUAUCAGAAAAAGAAGAAAAAAGUGGCUAACUUUGAUCCAUCCACAUUCAGUGUGAUGCACUGCGAGUUCUGUAGUGCUGGCUUCGACACACGCGCCGGCCUAUCUAGCCAUGCCAGAGCGCACCUCCGCGACUUCGGGAUCACUAACUGGGAUGUUACCAUCUCACCAAUCCACAUCCUGAGAAAAUUGUUCUCCAGCAGACCAGACCUUGUAAUCCCCACAGCUCCCCCACGGAGCCCCAUCUUUGGUCAGGAUGAUGAGGAUGAAGAGGAGGAGGAAGAAGAAGUAGAUGAGGAUGAAGUCGUUGAAAUCAAGCUGGAGCGGGAGACAAGUGAGAAGAGGAUAGAUGCUACUUCUCCUGUAUCUCUAAUUUCUGCAUCUUCUGGACCAUUGUAUGAGGAGCAUGCUGCAAAAGAAGGUGACCGAGAGGCUGAAGAAGAGAUCGGGCCCGUGCACCCGGAUGUCGAUGGCCUCGGCUCGAGCCCGAAGAAAUCACUGCUGCAGAGCGUAGACCAUCGUUGCCUUUCUCCAAGGGAAGAUGAAGACACCAAAGUUCAUGACUUGAAAUGUGAAAUAUGUGGAGCUCAGUUUGAGACAAGGCCUGAGAUGUCUCGCCAUGCCCGCUCCCACUUGCGGCAAGUGGAUGCGUCCAGUGACGUAGGCAAAACUGCCGAGGGCCGCAGCGUAGACGGCCAAAUAAACUCACCUCACCUGGAGCCCCAUUCGACUCUGUUUGACUCUGAAAACCACAAAGCCAAAGGACAUGAGGAAGGAGAAGACAUGGAUGAGAAAGCGAUACCCGUGUCUUUUUUGACCAAAGCAGUUAAAGUAAUGUCAUCCCCUUCCUGUUCUACACCAACUCCUUCUCCUGGUGAUUCCCCGAUUCUGAAUCACGCAAGCUCUCCGUCUUCAGUAGUAAGGAAAGCCCCUAUUUCCUCUUUACUGCCGGUGUCUUCCCCCUUGCGCUCCACAGAGCACAAACCCGGGGGGAUCAAAAGCUUGACAUCUAACCUCUUAAACUCUGCCACCAUCUCACCAUCCAAACCAAUCUGGGCCCCACACGAAAACGAUGCUCCUCUCAACCUGACCCUUGAAGUGGAGCCCAGCAAGGACAUAGUUUGUCAGCUGUGUGGUGCCUGGUUUGAGACUCGCAAAGGCUUGUCCAGCCAUGCGCGGGCUCACUUGCGGCACUUUGGGGUGGAGUAUUCUGAAGCUAAAGGUUCUCCUAUCGCCCUCCUGAAUCAGCUCAUGGACUCCGACGACUUCAAGCGCAAAGCUAAUGAAAUCCAGCAUGACACUGAAUCCCGUGUUCCUAUCGGGCUGUCCUCUCCAAAGAAGGCAAUGCUCCCUUCCUCGUCUCCAUCUCUACUGUAUAAGGUGACAACAGCAGGAGGCGGGUCGACCUCCAAAGCUACCUCUCCCUCAUCCUUUGGCCCGCCUGCCAAGCGUCUCAAAUCAUCUUCCAUGCAGGUCUUCCGCCUCAGCAGUGGUGAGCUCAUGGCCCUCCCACACAGUGAACCUACGAAGGAAAUAGGCUGUGAAUUUUGUGGGGAAUAUUUUGAGAACCGUAAGGGAUUGUCCAGCCAUGCUCGCUCCCACUUGCGACAACUGGGUAUUACUGAGUGGUCGGUAAAUGGUUCCCCAAUCGACACCUUAAGGGAAAUCAUCUCAAGACGAGGCUUGCCUUGUGCCCGUCCUCUAAAACUUCACAAAACUCCCCCUCCAUCCUCUCCGGGACCUCCUCGUUCACCUCUCUCGUCCUGCUCCUCACCAUCAGCCGUGGUGAGCCGCAUACCAUUCGCCUGCUCCUCCAGUCCUCUUCAGGCCCCAGGUUCUAAGUCGAAUUCGACUCCACCACUAAUUCUUAAACUGAAGCCUGAACCAGUGCAGCUGGAGGUCACGACUCCUGAAACGGUGGGCAGCUCUGGCUGUUUCUCAACUGAUCCUCUCAGAUCCAGCUGGCGUGUUUCUGACAAUGCUUUCCCUCUCAACUUGGCAAUGUCUCGGGAGGCGGAGCCUACAAGAGAUAUUCGCUGUGAGUUCUGUGGGGAGUAUUUUGAGAACCGCAAAGGCCUCUCCAGCCACGCUCGAUCCCACCUGCGCCAAAUGGGCAUCACGGAGUGGACUGUCAAUGGUUCACCUAUUGACACCCUGAGGGUGAUUAUCCACAAGAAAGGCUUGAAUGUGUCCUCUAAGUGUGAGGAGGUGAAAAAGGAGGGUGGCAAAAGUCACUCAUGGGCAAAUACAACCAAAAGUUCGGGUGCUUUGUGUACCUCUGAUUACCCAUCGUCCAAGCUCUAUAAGUCCCCUCUUAUGCUGUCAUCGGGGUCCAAGCUCUCUAAACUGGGCCUAAGCACCGCGGGCCCUUUAGCUAUUCCAACCUCACCGAAGAUUGUCAGGAUUUCCCCACUAGGAAAACAAUCAGAAGAAGCCGGGUCAGUUGAGACCUCCAACACAUUAUUGCAUCAACGUAAGACUUUUUCCCCACUGCCACAUGACUUCCCUUUGAAAAAAAACCCUACCCCUGACAAGCACAUCCGUAAGGAUCCAAGUUGUGAGCUGUGUGGUUUCUGCUUUGAGAAUCGCAAGGCCCUCGCAAGCCAUGCACGUGCCCACCUCAGGCAGUUUGGGGUGACUGAAUGGUGUGUAAAUGGGUCCCCCAUUGAGACAUUAAGCGCUUGGAUUCACAGCAGGCCACAGAAGGUGUUGGAAAUGCACCGUAGCUACAUGCAGAGUAACCGCCCCACCUCCAAGAGGAAGAGCAGCUCACCUCUCCCUGCAUCGACGGAAUCAGAUCAUAGCUUCCCGUUCUCACAGAAAGCCUCCUCUUCAUCUUCUUCGUCCUCAUCCCAAUGGUCGUCUGCUUUGGUGGUGAACCUGGUGCGCCCACUGAGCCGUGACACAGAUCAGGGCUCCCUCAAGAACGUAGAGGAUGAAGCAGGUCCCAACCUUCGGGCCUCUCACAUCAGGCCCUCCAGCACUAGUCCCAGCCCCACUCGGCUUGUCAGUAGCCUCCCACUUCAAGCACAAGUGGCUCGCAGUGAACUAAAUGUUCGUCUGCCCAGAGGUUUUGAGCGCCGACCACUGAAGCACCCAUCUAGCGUCGAGGGAACUGAGAGGGACAGCGGCCCCCCAAAGCCUCCACGUACAAGCACAGUCCCUGCUUUAGUGCCAAAGCCGCCUGCCUACCCCUUGGUCAAGUUGGUGGGCAAGUUCUACACCCUCAAGUGCCGAUUCUGCGAGGUGGAGUUCCACGGUCCCCUCUCGGUGCAGGAGGACUGGAUCAGGCACCUCCAGCAACACAUCCUCAAGAUGAACUACAGCAAGCCUGUGGAAUCCAAAGUGGACUCUGCUGAAUUUGCGGUCGACAAGCAUGCCCCGGUCCGCCUGGCCUCCAUUGGCAGCACCUCCUCAACGACCUCCCUCACCCCCACCAUGACCUGCUCCAUCGCUGCCAAUGGCCACUUGCCUGACCCUCCAGCAGAUCUUACUCCGAAUGUCACAGAGAUAGUCAAAAUGUCAGAGGAAUCCCUCACUCCAGCUCCCAUUGCCCUCCCAACCCAGGUGGUGUAAGCGCACUUCUCUCUACCUUGCUAUUCUCCUUUUUUUUUUUUUUUAAAUCGCUUUCCUUCAGUCCCUCUGUCUGUUUCCUUUGGAGGGGGAACACUCCCUGCUAGGCCUGGGCGAUAAAUUGAUAUUAAGAAUUAAUUCGAGGGUUUUUUUGUACUGCGGAUUAAUUCCGAGUUUUUUUAUGUUGUUUUUUGCCAAAAAGCAAAUUUAGCAACCAGUUAUUAGAUAUCUUAUUACAAAAGAAAGUUUUUUUUUUUUUUUUUUUUUUUUAAUUAGUUAGAAGUUAUUACUUUGUAUUUGGGGAGUGACGGCACAAAUAGGAGGAGAGAAAAAGAUAUUAAAGACAGGAGGUUUUGCACUUUAUGUUAAUUCAACAUUAAACAUUUUUAACUAUUUAUAGGGCCAGUGCGUAACUAUUAUUUGUUACCAUUAAAAAAAAAAACAACCCGAUAAAGAUCUGGCAUUCACAUACGUUACGUGGACAUCACCCCAAAUAAAUAAAAAAUUGCCACAUGGCAAAAAAAAAAAAAGCCAAAUGGCAAAAAAAAAAAUCCUACAUGGCAAAACAAAUUUUUGCCACAUGGCAAAAAAAACGCCACAUGGCAAAAAAAAAGAUGCCAGAAGGCAAAAUUUUUUGCCACAUGACAAAAAAAAAAAGCCACAUGGCAAAAGCCACUUUUGGUUUUCAGCCCUGCUGCAUUUUGGGUCAUGUAGGCCACAAUAUUAACAUUUGGUAUGGUUUACAUAAUCCAAAAAGUGAUGUGCUCAUAUGUGGAUACCAGAUCUUAAUUUUAAUCAUGUUUUUUAUUUUAAUUAAUAACCAUUAUUUUUAUAUAUUUUAAUAUUAUUUUUAUUAAUAACACUCUAAAGUCUAUUUAUUAUUACUUUUUAACGUCAUAGUAUUUAACUCAUUGUCUGCCUUUGAAAAUGCUCAUGUUUCAAUGCCACUGACAUCGUGAGACGUCGAUUCUAUUUUGACAGGGAGGGGUGAUUUAUCAUUAGCCCCUCUCAAUCAGAAUGGACAGGACAUCUAGUAACAUCAAUAGGAGCCAACUGAGUUAAAUUAGUGCCCUAUAAAGAGUUAAAAUUGUUUGUGUUUUCUGUCGUUUGCUUUUACUCUCUUUUUAAAAAACAGUAAAACAAAUUUUGGAUGAAAAAUUUGGAGAUUUUUAUUUUUAGGCCUUAUCGCCCAGACCUACUCCCGCCAACAUUUGGUGAAGGCCAAAGAGCCCUCUGAGCCCCAAGCACCUUUUGAAGCAGCUUUUUAGACUGUUACAAAGUCUUGUUACCAUGGGAACGAAACUCUCCUGGCUUAAGGGUGAUUCCAUCCAAGGUUAGACGGAGAGAUGAACUAUUGUUAUGCCUUGUUUUUAUUGAAUGUCCAGGUGUUGACGUGGACCAUUGCUGUACCCCAGCCCCCAUUUAUCGGGUGGUGUAAGGGUUUAAUUCCCCUCUUAUCUCACAAACUUUGUGCCACUUGGGUGGUCAGAACCAUUUCUACCAGCACUCUCAUGGUGUAAUAGCGUGCUGGCAGCACUGGUCUCACCCAAAGUUCCUGACUGAAACUAGAAAGAGAUUUCUUAAUCCAGCCAGUCUCGCGAUUGAGACUUUAAACACACUUUAACACGUAGUGUUAAAACAUACAUGGCACUUUUGACAUUGACACUGAGCACUUGUGAAAAGAAUUUGAUCGGAUGAAAUUGUGACUAAUAUACCUUUGUUUAAAGGAGCAAGAAGUGGAAGCACACCCAAAAAGGGAAAAUAAUUUAAUACAAACCCCAAAAUAUAGAAUUUGCUUGAAUGUAGCAUUAAGCACUUGUUCAUACCUUUAUUUUAUAUGCACACAUUUAUUAAUCAAAAGAAUGCCCCAUGUGAUACCACUGAUGUUCCCGCUGCUGCUGUGCAGAUUUUUUUAACUAUCCCUUUUAGAUUUAGGGGUCCUAAAAAAAUUCAUGGUUAUAUGUUUUUAAACAGUGUUACCUUCUUCCUUUUUUUUUUUUAAUUUUAAAUAUAAUCCAAAUAAUUAUUUAUUUAUUAUGCGCCUGAAUGUGGUAAGCGAUCUUAUUAUAAAAGCUACAGUAGAAUUUUGGAUUGUUUUGUAAACUGUGCACUUUUACACUAGUGCGUUAUGUAUAAGUGUGCAUACACUGGCCAGCCACAGCAUUAGGUACAGUACACCUGCACAAUCUACUGAGAUCUAAGACAAAAAUUCUGCAUUGACAAUUACAAUAAUAAUACCCUUAAAUAAAAGUACUCUCCGUACGAUUCAGUACUUUUACUAAAUGCAAACUAGAACUGCAAUAUUAUUGUUGACCACCACCCUUAUAUCGACAAUCAAAUUGGAUAUUUUCUAUUUUCUUAUUAUUCAUCCCCCACUGCUGUAUAGUGCUGUAGUAACAUUUGUUUAAAUUUGAUUCAAAAUUCGAUUAAAUUAAGAUUAAAAUAGUCAGUUGUAUUUUUCUAGAUUACCCUUAAUUCCUUAUUUGAUCAGCUUCUGAAUGGGAUUUUUUUUUUUUUUUUUUAAAUCAUAUUUGCUACAAAACUACAGCAAUUGUGGUUGAAUAAUCUCGAACACAACCAUUUCUUCACCUCAAAAUAAUUGCUGUAGUCAACUUAAAAAAAAAUUGAUUGUAAACAUAAAGAACUUAACCCUUCACCUGGUCAAGCACAAUCUAAUUGAAAUCGAUCAAAACGGACAAAAAAAACUGAUCAACAUGGUCUUUUUUUAAGAUGCCGUUUUGUUAAAAAGCAUGGAUUUCCUUCUAACAUGUUUCAGCAACAACAUUGUCAAAAACAGAAAUUACUUCAUUAGGCUCUUGAAUCUAAUCGAAUCGUGGUGGUCUUUGUGAUAUCGGCAAAUAUCGUAUCGUUCAAACAGUAUGUUAAUCACAAAAUAUUUGAUACUAAUAUAUACUGUGUGUGUAUACAUACAUACAUACGUACAUAUUUAUUUAUUUAUAGGUAGUAUAUAUAGAUAGUCCCCGGGAUACGAACGGGUUCCGUUCCUACGCAGGCAAUGUAACCCGAAUUUCGGCGUAAAUUGGAAUGAACUUCUUUUACUUUAAGUACCCCUAAAUACCCCCUGAAUCUCAAAAUAACUAUCCAAAAACAUGUAUUAUACGUCAUUGUACUGUCCUCGCCAAGACGUUGGAACUAAGUCCGAGCGAGACAGCGAGUUAAGCUCCGAAAUGACUGUCAGGUCCGUGUGAUUUGCUGACGUUAUUCAGCUGCUCAUAACAUCAACACAUGCAGAAUAAAUCUAAAAUAAAAAUGGAAUUAAAUGUUUCAUCUUGUAUAACAGCAAUUCAAAUUUGCAUUUAUAACUCGCUGCUAAUAAAGCUAUAACAAUCCACACAAACGAUUAGCAUGUAUCAGUCAGCAUCCGCACAUCAUCAAAAUAAAAUCACAUAAACUCGCCCCAAGUAUUUGAUCACAAUUAAAAAUCCACAAUAAACAGUACACAAGGUGAUAGACACAGGUGUUGCCUGUGUGGAUGUUUCAAAAGCAACAAAUGUGCGCACGAGGUUGCAGCUGUAAUCUAUCCCCUCUCUCUCACACUCGGCUGCGCGACUUCUUCGUGGGAGCAAAUGCACUCUUCCUCGUGUGUGCGCAAAUACGUUCUUCAUAUGUAAUGCGUUUUGACUCGCAUGUGGAAGUACACGGUGGGGCAGAGCAACUUGCUUAUUUAAAUUUGCCGCUCUGAAGCAAUGGUUGCUCUGAGGAUGGUAGGGAUGGACUUAUUUGAGAGGGUGGGGCUUAAAGUUUGGUUCUUAACGUGCGUUAUUUAUUUUGUGUUUAUUUUUAGAAACCCGAGUGAGCAUCAUUGAGUGGACGAAGUCGUAACGUGCUUUUGCCGUUGAGGCAUUUUUUUCCCCCCAAUCGGUCGCUCAAUCGUCGCAAUGUGUAUUCCAUUGACAUUUCAAUAUUGCUCCCCGUGGUCGUGUUCCUGGCCGGCAGUUGAUUGUUUCAUGGGUAAACAACUUCAGGGAAACGGGUGAUGUAAAGAAAAAGAAACCUGCCUCCCAUGAACAGCAAGGUCAACCCAAAACAUUGACGCAGUAAGAAUCAGUUUUGAGAUCUCCCCGACGGUCUGCCCACAAACACGCAUCUGCUUUUGGGUUGUCCGUUGUUCUGUGAGACCAAUCCUCCAUGAAGAAUUGAAAUUUCAUCCCUACAAAUUAGCUAUGGUGCAGGAAUUUAAUCCAUGCGAUGUUAUUGCUCGCUUGAAAAAAAAAUGACUCAAUAGCGAAAGCACUUUCCAACUUCGUCCAAUCCAUGAUGCUGACUGGGGUUGCUGAA